UUCAUUAGCUCCUUAAUCGCACAAACGCCAAUUUCUUCGCUUUUAAUCUCUUCUUCUUCUUCUUCUUCUCUGUUUCUGCAAGUUUCCAUGGCGAUUUGGCUUUCGAGAUCCAAAAACCUUGUCUUUGGCCUCAGACAGCAUCUGGGUUUGUCGGGGAUUCGCCGUCACGUCUCCUCACGCUCUGCUUUAACGGCUCCGUUAUCUUCCACGGCGGUUCUUCGACGGCCACCACCGCCUAUUCUCGCCGGAUUCCGUCGCGAGUCGACGGCGGCGGAGAAGCAACGUGAUUUGGUUAAUCAAAGUGAUGAAGAAGACGUUCAGGAACUGGAUUUUCCGGGAGGUAAGGUUUCUUACACCUGCGAACUGAAAUUCAUGCCCGAAUGCGCUUCCAGAAGAGUUCCGUGCUAUCGGGUUCUCGACGAAGGCGGAAACGUCAUCCCACUCAGCGAUUUCAGUCCCGUAAGUGAGGAACUGGCGGUGAAGAUGUACGGAAAGAUGGCGACGUUGCAGAUGAUGGAUAACGUUUUCUACGAAGCUCAACGACAAGGACGAAUCUCCUUUUACCUCACUUCUGUCGGAGAGGAAGCCAUUAACAUCGCCUCGGCCGCCGCCCUCUCCCCAGACGACGUCGUUUUGCCUCAGUACCGAGAGCCAGGGAUUCUUCUAUGGCGUGGGUUCACGUUGCAAGAAUUCGCCAACCAGUGUUUCGGCAACAGGGGUGAUUACGGCAAAGGCAGGCAAAUGCCGAUCCAUUACGGCUCCAAUCGCCACAAUUACUUCACCGUCUCCUCUCCGAUCGCAACGCAGCUCCCUCAAGCCGCAGGCGUUGGAUACGCUCUGAAAAUGGAGAAGAAGAACGCUUGCGCAGUCACAUUCGUCGGCGAUGGCGGAACAAGCGAGGGAGAUUUCCAUGCCGGGCUGAAUUUCGCGGCGGUCAUGGAAGCUCCGGUCGUGUUCAUCUGUCGGAACAAUGGCUACGCCAUCAGUACGCAUAUCUCAGAACAGUUUCGAAGCGAUGGAAUUGUAGUGAAAGGCCAAGCGUACGGAAUCCGAAGCAUUCGGGUUGACGGGAACGACACUCUAGCCGUUUACAGCGCGGUCCGUUUGGCUCGGGAGAUGGCUGUAACAGAGCAGAGACCGGUCCUGAUCGAGGCCUUGACGUAUAGGGUAGGUCACCAUUCUACGUCGGACGAUUCCACCAAAUACAGACCGGCUGACGAGAUUCAGUACUGGAAAACGACGAGGAACCCCGUGAACAGGUUCAGGAAAUGGGUCGAGAGGAACGGGUGGUGGAGCCAGGAGGAAGAAGACGAGCUCCGUGGUAAUGUCAGAAAACAGCUUCUGGAAGCGAUUCAGGUGGCGGAGAAAUCGGGGAAACAGCCAUUGAAGGAGCUGUUUAACGAUGUGUACGAUGUUCCGACAGAGAAUCUGGCUGAGCAGGAAGUGGGCUUGAGGGAAUUGGUCGGGAAAUAUCCUCAAGAUUAUCCUAUCGGCUUUCACGCAUCAGAUUCUUAACCAUUUUCCACUAAAUGUAUUACUAGAAAUAAAAUCUAUCGCCAAUUAUCAUAAGAUACUUCUAACUCUAAGUAUAAUUAACAUUGUAGAUUCAUAAGAUACUCAUAAAUUGCUCAAAUUAUGCAGAUUUAUAUACAGUU